AUGGCCAGCGUCGAAAGUCAAGUGUCAAAGCAGUCCGAAGCUCCCCUCCAAAACGACAAUGAGAACGCAGAGCAACUAGCUACCCUCGCAGAAGGCAAAGUCGCCGAUGCAGUAAAGGGAACGAGUACCAGGGAUAAGCCACGCAAGGAUGAUAUCAAGAUCGAGGACUAUGCCUCUGAUAUUGAAAGAAAAAAGGCUGAGCAGGCCGAGGCCAGAGAAGAGAUCAAGGCACAGAGAAAAGCAGGUGUAGAUGUUGAUGGUAGCCUUGGACAAGGCAGACUGAGCAAUGAGGACAACAGUAAUGUCUAA